UAGUAGCAAUACCCGGAUUUUUACACAAAAAAGUUGAUGGUGUUGAAUAUAUUCUUCAGUAAUUGAUUCAAUGGAAUAAGUACUGAAACAUAAUGUUUGUUAAAGCUUUUAAAAUAAAAUCGAAUAACCAACUAAAAGGAACAGAAAGAAAAAAGUUGUGUGAUAUGGUGGCUCAAGUGUUUCCAGUGUUAAAACAUGAAGAAAUUUUAUGUCUGUUACCGAAAAAGGAAGCAGUCAGUGUGUUAAAAAUAAUAGCUCACAAUGGUCAAACUGUAAAAAUUUUUUGUACUGCCAAAAUACCUGUAUUUUUUCAACUAAAUUCCUUAGAAUUAUUACCCACGGUUUUUACACUGUGGCAGCAUCCUCAUUUGCUAUAUACUUUUGUAACACAAUCAUCGGUGGUUUCAAAGUUGACCAAUGGAGCUAAUUUGUUGCUGCCAGGUGUUAUUACUGAUAAGCCUCCAAAUUUUCAUUCUUAUGGAAAUUUGAAAAAAGGACAUCCUGUAGCUUUAGUUACAGAUGAUAAUAAGGCUCCAGUGGCAGUUGGGAUUACAACUCUUUCAAGUGAAGAUAUGUACAUGUGUUCUGGCUUUGGAAAAUGUGUCGAAAUAUUACAUGUUGUAGGUGAUACUCUAUUUAACAUAGAAAAAUCAUUAACUAGACCACAGCUAGGGCCUCCUAUGACAUCAAAACAUGAAUCUGAGUCUGUUACUACAGUAACUAAUAUUGUAUAUGCUCAACAAAGUAGUAGUGAUCCAAAUAAAGAAACCUCUGAAAGCUGUACUAAAGUUCAUGAAAGUCGAGAAAGAAAUAAUGAUGCAAGUUGUGUGCUUGCCCCCAAUUUGUCUGAGAAAAAUUUAUCUUUGCAAUAUUUAGGCAGCGAAGACAUUGAAGAUAUAAUUGAAAAUCCAGCGAGAGAAAUGGAUAAGUUGUUAGAAUAUUGCUUUUUGAAAGCUUGCAAGAUCAGUUUGAAAAAAGGAGAUUUGCCUAUGAUAACCUCAACUUUUUUUAAAAUUCAUGUCAUCACAGCUUGCCCUGUAAAAAAGACUGUAGAUGUUAAAAAAUCUUCUUACAAAAAAUUAUCAGUUUUUUUAGCUAAAAUGAAAGAAAAAGGUGUUAUCGACACAUCUGUAAUUAAAGGUGUGGAAAGCCUACUUUCUGUAAAAAUUGAUCAUCCUUUGCUAAAGAGUCUCGUUAUAAUGGAGGACAUCUCUAAAGAAGAGGAGCUGUCAAAUGCUCCUGUCAUAUCUGAAUGUUUCAGAGUAACUGCUGCUGUAGUUCCACUACUAACCCAGUUUGGAUAUGAGAAAGGUGAUAUUUUGAAAAGAGCAGAGCUACGUAGAUGUUUUAUGGAUUAUGUUAAAUCUGAAAAUCUUCAAGAUGGAAAAAUAUUGAAAAUAAAUCCACUACUCGCCAAUAUAUUGCGUACGAAAGAAAAUCAAUACAGCAUUACAAUGGAAGAUGGUAUUAAUAAAUUUAUUGGUAAAAUGACUUAUACACAUGAAAUUACAGUAGCAGAUACCAAGAUAUUACAUAGUGGAAAACUGGCACCGAUCGAGAUUACUGUAGCUACUCGUUGUAGUAACAAAAAGGUGACUUUAAUCAACAAUUUAGAAACUUUUGGUAUCAAGCUGGAAGAUUUUGCAAAAGAUUGUCAGGGUAUAGGUGCAAGUACCACUAUAACUGAUGUUCCAGGUAAAAAGACACCGAGCGUAUUAGUUCAAGGAAAUCAAGUUUUAUACGUGUAUAAACUGUUAAUCGAAAAAUAUCGUAUUCAAAAGAACUACGUAAAGGGUUUAGAAUUCGCUCCUAAAAAGCGGAAGUAAACUUCACGUUAUAUUUAACAUUUAGUCUGUAAAGACCAAAAGCCAACUAUGAAAUUCCUAAAAAAAAGUGACUUACCCUGUGAAUAUUUUAUUGUAAAACUUUUAAUUUGUGAAUAUCG